GUACGCCUCGUGAGCACUUGAAGAACACUCGCACAAACCUCCACACGCGUGGAAGCUUUAGGCUGUGAAAGUGGUGUUCCUUCGACCAGUUUGCGCGACACCCCCUCCAACUUGGAUUUUACAAGUCGUCUGUACUACAGGAUAUUGUUUGUAUCGCUAACCGAGAUGGCAGCCGACGUGGUGACCUACACGACGCUCGAGACCUUCUCGCACGAGGACCUCGUGAAGCCCGACCCCGACGCAUCACCCUUGGCGGACCACAGCUCCUCAGGCCCCGAGGCUGAGGAGGACCCGUCCCGCUCCAAGAGGUACGAGCGCAAGCGGCGGUACUCCAAAUCUAGCGCCUCUUCGGACGAUGGGUCGACCGGCGGCGGGUCCGUCGGUGGCAAGUCCGGGAAAAAUCGGAAGAAGACGUCGAAGGCAGAGAGUUUCGAGGACCUGCAGAACCAGAGGGUGCUUGCCAACGUGCGGGAGCGACAACGAACACAGGUGAAUCAGAAAGACUCUUUGAACGAAGCCUUCUCGUCUCUACGAAAGAUCAUCCCCACCCUGCCUUCGGACAAACUCUCCAAAAUACAGACGCUGAAGCUGGCGGCUCGGUACAUAGACUUCUUGUAUCAGGUCCUCAGAUCGGACGACACCGACACCAAGAUGGCGUCCUCCUGUUCGUACGUGGCGCACGAGAGACUGAGCUACGCCUUUUCGGUAUGGAGAAUGGAGGGUGCAUGGAGUAUGAACGGACAUCAUCAGUUGUAGCUGGUCUCCAGGCAAGAGCUGUACUUCGGGCUAGGAGCGCCGUCUAGCGGACCCAGCCACUUCUGAGAACUGCAGGGUUCCGGCUUCCAGACUCCGCCAGCCCGUCAUUGUGCCAAAGGACUCCUAGAGUGCUAUGGAGACAGCAAAAUUCUACAACAGACUCGAAAAUCCGUCCACGAUUUUCCCGCCGAAAUGCAGUGUCGUCUUUCCACCCAAAGCCCUGUUGUGCUCGGCCGAAUUGUGACACUAUGUCGUGAAGUCUGCUGACCAACAAGGGACUUUGACGACAAACACGAACAUUUUUCUGUGCAGACAAUGGCGGAUUUUGUCGUCCCAAACGAAGGAGACGGAAGACAUGUUGGCAAAUAUCGAAGUGUUGUUUUAGGCAGAAAGGACGUCCCGGGCACACAAGGGGGUGGGCUGAGCCGAGGUAUUAGCACACAGAGAAAUGUUUUAUAUCACGCAAGGACAAUGUUUUACCACACGGACAGUUUUGUUUUGCGACACCCUGUCCCCUUUCUCGCCUUGGUUCGGAAUCCGAUCCCUCCCCACUAAGAAAACUUUCCCACGCAAACAAGCCGACGUCAAAUACUUCACAGAAUUUGCAGACUUGUCCCGAAAUUUGCACUCUCAACCCUUUCUAUACAUCCUACAGAAGUCAUAUUUAUAAAGCGAGUUCGAACUAUUUGUUCGUCGUGUUCAGUGGUUGAUUUUCACACAGUUUUACAUGUGCUCAUCAUUUUUCCUACUUGUUCGGACAGAAGUCACGUUAAACUUGUAAAUGACAAUAUUGGAAGUAUAAACUACAUUGUGAGCCUUGAGGGCACCCAACACCGGUCUGUUGUUAGACAGUGGUUCGUGCGGGCGCACCGGUUUGUGGACAUGGGGGCUCCGUACCAGACCACUGUCUCCAACGAGCUUUCUCAGUUAUUCUUUCUCGUUUGUCUGAGAAAGAAAACAGAACCUUGCUAAUAGAGAGUGUGAAAGUUUGGGUUGGGGAUUUAUUCGUCCUUCGACCUCUCACUCCCCCAUGCUAACAAACGAUAACGUGUUUAUUCUCUUCCUACCCACGCAAAUUGUCAAAGAUGUUGAAAAUGCUUUGGAGAAAAUUUUGAAGAAAAUUUGUCCCUUCUGCGAAAGUCAACCACAGACCACUAUUUCUACCACAAUUUCUGACUUAUAAUCUGCAAAAGAAUUUUUCCACUCAUUGCUCGUGUAUUUUCUGCAUCCCCAAAAAGUUGCUUUACAACGUGUCUCCUUAUAUAUGAAUUGUUCGAAUGUCAGUCCUUUCUGUCUAGGCAACUUGAUAGUUCCAAAUACCAAAGAAGUCGACAUGGCUAUUGUUCUGUCGCAUUUUGUACAUUGUAUUCCUAUGAUAGAGUUAUCUUUGUAUUGUUAUCUGUGGAGAUUAUUGUGUAUUUUAUAUUUUUGGUCGUUGAAUAUAUAUUUCGAAUUUUAUCUAAA